AUGAAGCCAACAGCAUGUACCGGCUGUAGGCUCAGAAGAAGAAAAUGCAACAGAGAAAGUCCAAUUUGUUCAAGUUGUAAAGAACUAAAUAUUCCACAAGAAUUGUGUAUUUAUAGAGAAUUGAACUCAAACACAAAAACAUGCAGCAGUAAGAUAAAGCUCAAAGAAGUACAGGGUGAAAGAAGAAAGCUUAUUCGUCAAAAAUUUGAACUCAAGAGAGUUGCCGAAAUUCAACGAGAUGUUCAGGCUAGAUCUUAUAGAUAUAGGUUUAAUUCAAAAAAACGUUCAGCAUAUUCAAAAAUACAUGGGGAUGAGUAUCAGUCUGAGUCAAAAUCAACUAGAUCAUUCAUCAACAAUUUAGAUGGUGCCAGUUUAGUUCCAAAAAGUCUCGAUUCAAAAUCAAAGGUUGGAUCCAUUUCUUGGGGCUCACUGAUGUCCGCUGAACCAAAUAUGAAGGUGGUACUAUCCAAAAUGGAUCAAAUCAUCCAAAAUCAAAGAGAUCAAUCUACACAAAUAAAGACAAAAUAUGAAAUUCCAGCCAGUGACCAAACGCUUCUCCUGUCAAAAUUAAGAUCAAAAGUACUGUCGUUGUCGUUGGAACUUGAGCCACCUGGUGAUUAUUCGUUGAUUCAAGAUUUGUUCAGAAAUAUUGAGAAGAACCUUCCAAAAGAACAAGUAUUUAGAGCAGCUAUACAGCACCAGUUUAAUGUGUGUCCUUAUGAAUUUGUUCCUUGGGUUUCUCAAGAUGAAGAUGCCUAUUUUCAGAAGCUAAAGAAGGUGAUCAAGUUUGAAGAAGAUGGUCAACCCAAAAUAACCAUCAAUUUGCCAGGUGACGCUAGCUUGGUUCUGGAUUUAGCAUUUGUUAUCUCAUACUUGAUCUUCCCAGCAUAUCACAGGUCGCAGCUCAAUAUGACUGAAAAGAAUUUGAAUCCAUAUUUAUUUGUUGAUUAUUCAAAGAUCUUGAUGGAUAUCCAUAGUCAACUGGUUACUCAUAACUCCAGAGAUCAAUCGUCAAUAUUCCCCGAUUUAUCAUUUGAAAUGCUACAAGCCAAACAAUACAGCAGCUUUUUUGAUCGUUAUACUCCGCAAGGGCGUCACAAUGCAAAAGAUCCUCUUGAUAAGUUCAAUAACUUGAGACAAUUAAUUAGUGUUGCGAGGAUGUUAAACUUGAAUCAAGAUAUUGAUGUUUUUUAUGCUGAUAAAUCCUCUGGAUAUAGAAGUUCAAUGAAGACCAUGUGGUACUUUUUAGUAUUUGUUGAUAUAAUGGAGUCUUUAGAAACAGGAUUACCUCCAAAGAUUGAGCCAUCUGAGAUUUUAAGAUAUGAAGAUCAUACAAAUUUUGCUACAGAAUCAAUCAUCACUAUGAACAGAGUCCUCUACAAAUACAACUCAAUGGAUCUAGAUGAUAUUGAAGAUCCUGAUGAGUUCAUAUUCAUUAUUGAAAAUGAGUUCAUUGGUGAUCUAAUGACUUUGUUAGAGACAGAAUAUGGUUCAAUAGUGGAUGAUCUGAACAAAUUGAAAAGUUAUGAUUUUGAUGAUACAUCUUUUGCCCCAUCUUUCAUGUUAAGUGCCAGUGUGCUUCCCAUGAGGUUCAAUAUUUAUUCGUUGAUGCAGUCACUUUAUUUCCUUUGCUUCAAGAAGAUUGAAUCGUUUGAUAAGUUUUCUAAACGAUCUCAAAAAUUUAGCAUCUUAAGUAUGAAGUACUCAUCACUCAUCAUCUAUUUAUCUGGUGAAUUUUUUGCAUUAUAUGAUGGCUUACUGAGUCAUCCAAACUGUUACGAUUAUGGAGUUUUGGAAUCCGUUAUUGCUUGUUUCCCACAUCUUAGCCUUGCGGUAAGAAGAGUUUAUAUAUGUGCUGGUGGUAGAUUUUUCGAAGGGUUACCUAUCAAUAAAACAUCUGCUAUCAACAACUUACUACAUGGAAAAAGCACAAAUGAGAGUCAAUUGUUGAAGGAGAUACAGCUGAAGAAAGAAUACCAAGUGUUGUUUUCAAUCGAAGAUCUCGAGGACCACAGCGUGGAUAAUAAUGAGGAGGAGUUGUUUGGAAAAUAUUCGAUGUUAUUGAACCACAAGUACAUGAUAUUCAGUUUCAGUCAAGUUAUGAGAGGCAUUUCUAACGGAUUAUUCAAAGAAAACUCCAACAUGAAAAUUGCAAAGUUCAAUCAUAUUGUGUUUUAUUUACUGAAACUUAUGAGUUUCUUUUUGAAUUCUUCAUUCACAAGUGAUGGUUCACCAAUCGAAAAAGAAAACUUAUUUAUGGGGCUGGCUCGUCCUUCAAGUCCAUCCAAAGUUGGACAAUCAAAUCAAGAAAAUGAAUUUGAUUUUGGUGAACUUUUUGAGAGAUCAAUCAACACCUCUUCUAACCAUUUUGAUUUUGAAAGCUUUUUCAAUAUUUCACCUGGGUUAUAUCAAUCAAGUGACAUUGACCAGUUUUUGAUGUCAGAAUCUGGAACUUUAACCAACAACUUCAAUGGCGAAGAGGACUAUAUAGACCCACUUAAUCCAUUUUAG